AUGCAGACGCAGCGCGCCAAAGCUUCUCGUUCUCCCCCCACCAUUUCAAAGCCCAUUCCUAUCGACGAAUACCGCCCGGCAUCCCCACCGAUGACGCCCCCGAGACAGCGAGGAGGCUCGAUAUCUAGCCCACGCAACUGGCUGACGCGUACCUCGACGAACAGCUCCACGCACUCUGUUCCCUACGCACCCUCAAAACCCGUCCGCAUCUCGGAACCCAGGUUCCUCAAGGGCUUCGACGCGUUCGCCACGCAUCGCAGUGGGACGUUGGGUACUGGGGCGACGAUCGUCAAGACCCCGCAGGAGGCGUUGACGGGUAGUAGGUGUUUCUCGCCAUUCCGCACAGAGCUGGAAUCAGACGAGGAUGAAGUUCCAGACGAUGCACAGAGCGGCGACGGCGUACAGGAUCCUCCACUUCGGCCGGAGAGUCCACCGCUUCCUCCCAUCCCUGCUGAGUCGCCCAUCGCCACGGAGCCCCCACGGUCACAUACGCCACCGCGUCCGACGCGCCCAGUGCCAGAGUGCCCGCCCAUCUCGCCUUCUGUCUCGGAGUCUUCCACUACAUCCACGUACGCGCCAAGUCCGGAGUCGCCUGCCACCCUGACCGCCAGUCCCCUCCGACCCUCACUGAAAACGCGUUCCCCGCAGCCUUCGGAGUAUUGUCCACCCGUUCCAGCUCUUCCAACGAACCUCAGUUGCUCUCCUCCUCAGGCUCCAUUUGACGCUCUCCUGCUCUCCCCUCCAUUGACUGGCCAUGUCGACCCCUCAAAGGUUAUUGUGUCGCUCGAGACAAGCACGAUGACGCACCGUACCACGCUGAGCACGCUGAUGUCACGUCCAUCUUUCCUGUCCACGUUCCUCAAAGACCUGUUACCUGCACGCCGGCGUGACUCUGACGCGACCUCGGUAUACUCCGAAGUCAGCGAGGCGGACAGUUCAUUCAACUCCAUCUUCCACCAACAUCUCGCCUCUUCCGGCUUGCUCUCGCAGGCGGCGACAACCAUGCAUGUAUUCCUGGAUAGACCAAGCGCCCCAUACGCGCACAUUCUGUCGUACCUCCGUUCGCCUCCUUCCACGCCGGAGAGCCCUGCCAUCCUUCCGCGGGCGGUCCAGUUGUCAGGAUCUUCUACAUCCCGUCUGGAAGCGCUUCUAGAGCUGCGGGACGAGGCACGGUACCUUGACCUGGAGGAGCUCUCCAAGCUGUGCAAUGACGAGCUUCGCCUGCGCCAGGCUAGAACGUCGCCUGGGCCACUCGGUUUGCACAUCCGGGGGCUGAGUAAUGCUAGCAGUACUUCCUUGCGCAGUGUCACGACUCUGCGUGACAUUGCAGAAGACGAGGCAGGCAAGGCUGAAGGGGGCUCGCGAGACUCGGGCUUCGCGAGUCUACGGGCGAAGAAGAGCAUGAAAGCCAACUCGGACGAGUCGGCGACCCCGAUGCCUGGAGCACCGCGCGGCCGCCCUACCACGAGGAAGGAGGCUGUAGUGUCGCAACGACCCAAGCCUCAGCCUGGAUGGAUCUGA